UACACAUUAUCAGCAAUCUCAGUGCAUGCUUCUCCUGCAGUCACACAUACCCUUACAUAAAGGUUCCCUCGUUGAGUCAACUUCACCCACAUGCCAAGAUGAUAUUGUAUGUACAUUGAUUGAUACAUGCACGUGUACAACUGGACACUCGUUCUAAACUGGCAUGCGCAUUCGGCCUGUCUGGUUUGGUGUUGUUGACAGAGGAUGUGUGGCAACGGCUGUCAGCAGUGGGAUGAUGACAAGAUGACAGGACUGUCAGACAGGUAGUCCUAUCCAAUCCCGUGAACACUGUGACAAGCAUCCAUGCCCAGGAUUGUUGGUGAUUAGUGCCCUCAGCUGGUCGAUAUGUGCUCGACGGUGCGGAGUGCCAGCCAUGCGGCCACACCGCUGAGUGUCGCACUGAUCAAUGAACCCUGGCUGGUUGCAUGGCAUGAGCAGUCAGCUGCUACUAGUGGCUGGUGUGCCAGCCACCCAAUUGGAUAUCACUCUCAGAUCACAGGCUGCUUCCAGCACUGGCCGUUUGGCUUGGAGCAGCCGUGAGGAAGUUGUCCAGUGGAAGCCGGCGGAGACCUGCAUCAUCUUGGUGGACGUUUGGGACAAGCACUGGUGUCCCACAGCCACUGAACGACUGUCAGCGCUGGCCAUGCUCAUGAACCAAACAUUGUCGGCCGCACGCGAGCUUGGCGUGCUCAUUAUCCACGCACCAUCGGACUGCAUGGCCUUCUAUGUGGACUACCCGCAGAGAAAGUGGGUGCUGGAGCUGCCCAAUGUCACAGUCCCCAAGGACCAGCCUCACGCCGAACCAGCCUUUCCGCUGGACGCAUCGGACGGUGGCUGUGAUGUGCCGGCCACCAGCUAUCAGGCAUGGCAUCGCGAGAACCGGCUCAUCACCAUAGCCCAGCAGGACGCGAUCAGCGCCGGUCAAGAUGGCCGACAGACGUCACAGGAGAUCUACAACGUCCUGUCGGCGCGUGGCAUUCGCAAUGUCCUCUACGCCGGCGUUCACGAGAACAUGUGCAUCAUGACGCGACCGUUUGCGAUCAAACAGCUGGUGGCCUGGGACAAGUUCAACGUGGCGUUGAUACGGGAACUCGUUGAUGUAAUGUACAACCCCAUGCUAUCCCCCUAUGUUAGCCAUGCCGAAGGUACAACACUAAUGACCGAGUUCAUCGAGAAGUUCUGGGCUCCCAGCAUGUCCAUGUACGAUUUUCUCAACCCAAGGAAGUCUGGCACGGCUCAGGAGGCUCAGCUCAGUGCCAGUGCUGCAUCUGACAUGAAGAAACAAGCUGAAGUCGCAGCCACGCUGCAACGGCAGACAUCACCCGGCAAGAGAACAUGUGAGGCUGGGGAGCAGCAAGGAGGAGAGUCUCUGCAGUGUGGGAGCCCCGACGUACACUACACGUGUCCGUGGCAGAGAUAGUCAUCAUGACAUACCCAUGCCACAAUCUACUCUCGAUACGUCACACACUCUGUCCCUCUGACAAUAGUGAGUGGCUUAUUGAGAGUGUGCCAUUUAAAAUUGCAAGUAGACAGUUUCCAUUGUA